AUGGUCGAUUUUUCGAAUUACCCAUUUCCAACUUACAUACCAAAUAGACUAAUCGCUGGAUUGUUUUCCUCAUUUGUGUUCCUUUCAUUCAUCUUCUGGUGUAUCCAAUCCAUUCAAACUCGUUGUCAACCAGUACGUUUAGUUAUUCUAUUAUUCGUUUCACAUGUCACGAUUUUCACUGAACUGAUGAUUCGUGCUACAAUAAAUCGAACGGAAAUCCAAUCGAAAUUAAUCUACAUCAUUAUGACUGCUCUGUACACGAUCGGCCAACGUUCAAUCAUCGUGGCCAAUUUUACGUGUGUUUUACAACAUCCGAUAGCAAAAUUUCGUUGUUGCUUCCGCAUUAUUAGUGCGUGUAUUUUCUUUUCUGAUAUUUUCAUGAUACCUGCUGGAUUACUGGCAGUUCAAUCGAAUAAAAUUCAUCUAAGUUUUAUCUUCCGACAACUUUCUACAUCGAUGAUCUGUUUAAUCCUGCUUGUUUUCUACGUUGUCUGGCUUUGGACGAAAACUAUCUACAACAUGUCUUUCGAACUGAUUGUUUUAUUAAUUAUUUCGAGUUUGAACUGUCUUAUCAUAGCGCUUUUCUUAUUAAUCAUGUCAAUACCGAAAUAUUAUAUUGUGAUCAAUGAUGAUGAAGAAUGGUUUUAUUUCUUUCAACUCUUGCCGAUUGUCUUAUCAUUAAUCGCCUGGUCAAUGCUACAUCCGAAACGAAGUCUGUUCGACACUGCUAACCAAUCGGAUGAAAUAACAGUUUCAUAUUCAUUUUAG